GUGCUUGACCUGUAAUACAGAAACCUUCCAGAAUGCUGGAGUCCUAUGUAACUCCUAUUUUGAUGAGUUAUGUGAAUCGCUACAUAAAGAACUUGAAGCCCUCAGAUCUACAGCUGUCACUCUGGGGAGGAGACGUUGUACUUAGUAAACUUGAAUUAAAAUUGGAUGUACUGGAACAGGAGCUGAAACUACCAUUUACUUUUUUAAGUGGGCAUAUUCAUGAACUUCGGAUUCAUGUGCCAUGGACAAAAUUGGGAUCAGAACCAGUUGUCAUCACUAUCAAUACAAUGGAAUGCAUCUUGAAGUUAAAGGAUGGAGCUCAGAUUUUUGAGGCCAGAUGUUCAAUGAGAAAUGUGCUUUAGAAGCAGCAAAUUGCAACUAAUUACAGAAGUUGUAGAAAAGUUUUGUAGCCCAUGACUUUGUGCAACCCAGAACUAAUAGCUGAUAUUGGACCAUGCAGAUGGCUACUGCUGGAAUGAUCAGAUUUCCUGCUUGCAUGGUAUUUGAAACAUAAAUUUUGUGGUGCAUACAGCAGAAGGUCAAGUGUCACGAAUGUAAAGCACUCUCAAAACAAGUAUUUGUUACAGAUGUUUAAGAUUCAGAGGCAAGAAAGGAUUUUUGAAAAUU